GUUAGACCAACUCGACUCAUCCUACUCACAUCUGAGCUCGCAUUUUUUUUUUGCUCGGAGUUAUCCAAGUUCCUGAGACAGCGUGCCUUGCGUGUACAGGAAGACCACUGUAAGUGCAUGCAUUCAGGAGAGGCGUCGGCAGCAGGAAGAGGAGGAGAGGGUGAGGAGAGAGACGGAGGAAGAGCGGUUGAAGUUGGCCCAGAAAAAGCGGAAGUCCCUGAGGGACCACUGGCUCAGUGAGCCAACACCAGCUCCUGCCCCUCCUUCAGCUGACCCAGUCAGACUCCAUCCUUCACCACAGGACAGACCAGACACAACAGAGAAGCAAACCAAAAGUCAAAAGACCCCCGAAGAAGAAGAGGAGGAGGCAGCGGAUGUCAGGAAGGAGAAAAACAAAGCCGCCCGGGAACAUAAGGAAUCUGCCAACUGCACAGGAACAGCAACUACGCACAAUCACUGCCAGGCCAGCGUCAAAGAGGAAGCCCACAAACAAGUAAGCAAAGCAUUGGAGGAUUACAUACCUGCAAAAAUGACACAAAGGAUGUUCCACGAGAGCGGACAGGACGGUCGCUCAGUGCUGGGGAUGGUGGCAAUUCAGGUUGAGAGAGACCCCAAGACGGGCUCCAGCGUCAUUAGGUCGGUGGCCCCCAUGUCGGCACCGGCCGAUGCCGCCUUGGCGACCACUGUUUUUGACGAUGGCAGGAAGAGCGUGCACACUUUUGGCGCGACUGAAGGGCAGCCCUCAGCCGAGGAGCUUGGACAGAUUCUGAGCGCCGUCGAUGGAGUUGGGAUGAAAGUUCUGCUGGAUGAGGUCACCGUCACACCGCCGAGGGGAAAGAUAAGUACAGAGAUUGUAGAGGAGAGGGGAACUCCCGAAGAAAAAAAGGCGGAAGCUCUGUCCUAUUUUACCCAUCCUGCAGUGCCGCAGCAAAAUAAAGGCCCUGUACAGGUUUCCAUGACCCAUGAUCCAGGGGCUGAGCCAGAGUCAGUAGACUGUAGACACAAGGACAAGGAUGAGCAGAAGGGAGGUGAUGCGGGUGUAAUGUUGCAGGGAAUGAGAAAAUUAGAUAACGUGGAUGAACGGGUGGCGGAGUCCAGAAUGGAGGAAGGUCCAAUCACCCUCAGAUUCCUGGGCUAUGCUGACGCUUUGUCUGGCCAAGGUGAAGGCCAAGGUGUGUGUUUGGGCCUCGAGGACAAUGGAGAUGUCCUCACCGUUGAACGGGUGAUCAUCACCGACGAAGGAGAGGAGAAGUCAGUGACGCCUCCGAGCUCUGCUUCUCCUGCCGCCACGUCUGUCUUUGGGCCUGGAUGUCACACCAGCAGCCAAGACCUUAAGGACUCAGUGGUAUCCAACGGGGACAGAAACAUUGACAAUGACCUUAAUCUGAGAGGAGAGGCAGGGAAAGAGUCCAAGGUGGAGGAGUUUCAGAAUAUCCCGCUGGAUGAAAAUGGAGCAAAACCCCAGGGAGAGGAGGGUGACAAUGGGCUGGAUAAUCCGGCCUCACCCAGCGAAGCACCGGCAGCAGACAAAUCCAAGCAAAAGACCUGUCAGUGCUGCACUGUCAUGUAACAAAUGAA